AUGCCGAAGGAUAAGGUGAAGAUCAAGUACGAGAUUACCGUCAAGAAAAUCACCAAACUCCCCGAGAAGCUCAAUGGAAGCACCAUCUUCAUCUUGUGGAGGCGCGGCUCGCGCAAGAAUCAAGGCCUGACCAAACGAGCCCUCGCGCGAGACUGCCUGGCCACUUGGGAGGAGAAGAUCGUGUUCACGUGCUCCCUCACGCGCGAGUCUGAGGCCGACGAGUUCGACGCGCGCGGCAUCUCCUUCAGCUUGAAAGAGGAUGUCAUCGGCAAGCGCAAGCAGGACAAGACGCACUCGAGCACCAAGCUCAACCUUGCCGAGUACACCAACGAAGACGGCACUGACCAGAUCACCUUGCCGCUCAAGUUCAAGAAGUCCAAGGACACCUCAACCCUCGUGUUGACCAUCAAGACGCAGUGGCUCAAAUUCAACGACAAGAUUCUCAAGAAGCAGGUGGACAAGAAGGACAGUUCGGGCAAGGUGCUGGAGUUGGACGGCGGGUCGUUUGAAGCCGAAACCGAUCCCAACAUGUCCGAAACCGAGAACUCGGACAGCGAGGGUGAGGGUGAGGUGUUCUCUGAGGCGGAGGAUGACGACGACGACGAUGGCGAGGGCGGCGGCGGCGGUGGUGGUGGCGCGAGCGAGGGAGCCAAGAAGAAGCUGGCGCGGCUCGAGCAGGAGGUCUACGAGCGCGGCAAGAUGAUCCGACAGCGCGAGGAGGCCCUCGACAAGCUCAAGACCAAGGUGGGCAAGCUCAAGCAGGAGCGCGCCCAGGCCGAGGACCUGCGGAAGGAGGCCGAGCGGCUGCGGCAGGAGAAGGCCGACGCCGAGCGCGCGCGGGCCGAGGCCGAGGCCCACCUGCAGACCGUCGCCGGCCAGCUGACGGCCUUCCGCGAGGGCAAGGGCGAGUCGGAUGUGAUCCAGCAGCAGGAGGACGAGCUCCGCAAGCUGCGGCAGGAGCUGAUCGAGGCGCGGCAGCGCAGCGAACAGAGCGCGGCGGCGGCCGAUGAGGCCAAGGCGAGGGAGAAGGAGCUCGACGCCCUCCGGCUCGAGGUGACCAAGCUCAAGCACGAGCUCGAGGAGAAGGACUGGAAUCUCUCCGUCCAGCGACGGCGAAGAGGCGACGACAGCUCCGACACCGAUGACGACGACGGCAUGAAGCGGUCCAAGUCAGCCGAGGGCGGGGCCAAGGACAAGCUGGCCGCGCUCAAGAACGAGGCCGAGACGUUCAAGCAGCAGCGGGACGAGCUCAACUUCCUCAUCACCGGCUUCUACCACGAGAACCAGCUCAACUUCUCCGAGGACCGGACGCCCGUGCCGGCCGACCGCGCCCUGCGCGUGUUCACCAAGUGGAAGGUGUUCGAGAAGGGCGCCGAGCGCGGCGAUUUCCUGAACUACCUGGUCGACGCCAUCGACGCGAGCUCGAAGCGGACCGACAAGAUGAUGACCGGCUACUGGCUCUCGAUCGCGUCCUACAUCUACCGCUCCCUGCGGCUCGAGUUCGGCUACAACCACGCGGUGGCGUCCAAGUCCGGCAAGGCCGGCGUCAUCGGCGACUUUGCCGCGCGCCUCCAGAUCGUCAUCGCCGCCAUCUUCGAGCGGCUCCUGACCAGCCUCUACACCGAAUUGGCGACCGUGCUGAGCAUCGCCGUUCUCGAGCAGCCCUCAGCCCUGAGCAGUGCCACGAAAUGCACGCUCCAUUCGACGCAGGAGACGUUGCUGCCGAUCCUCGAUAGCUACCUCACGCAUCCACAUGCAGCUCAUGAAGCAAUUCUUCUCCCAGGCCUUUACUUCAUCAACUUCACCCUAUUCAACACGCUUUUGAACACAAAGCGCAUGUGUACGUGCUCCAACGGAUUCCAGAUCAAGCUCGAGCUGUCGCAACUCGAGCAGUGGAUCAGCAAGACCCUCCAGAUUCCCGAAAUCAAGAGCCAGCUGGACAUUAUGGCGCAGGCGGCCAACGUGCUGGUCAUGGACAAAAACGUGAUCUUGGAAGGGGACAUGCUGAAGCAGAUCUGCCCGCUCCUGACCGCCAAACAGAUCAAGCGCCUUCUGGAACUCUUCACGCCAGACCAGUUGUCGCCGACGCCGGUGCCGCCGGAGGUGUUCGCCAAGCUCAAGAAGGCGUCGGAGGGCGACAACAGGCCGCUCGAGACGGCGCCCACCAAGAUGGUCGAGCCUCUGUGCUACGACUUCUGA